AAGAGGUGUUUGAUAUCAUCCCACCCCAUCUAUUGGACGAGUCCUUCCUCGAUCGAUCCAUCGAGAUAGAGAGAAAGAGAUGGGAGAGAACGAUCCAUACACCAUCCUCCAGAUCGUUUUAAAUCCAGACGGUUCACUCACCCGACCCACCCUCUUCCCUUUAUCUAAUCCACGAGCUGAAGCCGAAAAACCCCACCACGUUUUCUCCAAAGACGUACCUCUCAAUCCUUCCAAGAAGACGUGGAUUCGGAUAUUUCGCCCCCAUUUUUCGACACAAACAGCCCCUCUUCCCAUCAUCAUCGACUUCCACGGUGGCGGUUUCGUUUUCCUCAGCGCUGCAUCUGCUAACAUACACGUCUCAUGCGAGCGCAUCGCUCGUCACGUGCCCGCCAUCGUCCUCGCACCCGAGUAUCGACUCGCGCCCGAGUACCGUCUCCCCGCCGCGUAUGAUGAUGCGAUGGAUGCCGUCCGUUGGGUACGAGACCAGGCUAUCUCUGAUCUCCAACGUGACACGUGGAUGACACCCGAUGUCGUUGAUUUCUCGCGUUGUUUCCUCAUGGGCAGUAGCGCUGGCGGCAACAUCGCCUACCACGCGGUUCUGCGGGCGUUGGAUCUGGACCCUACGUUCAAGAUCUCUGGGGUGAUCUUGAACGUGCCGUACUUCGGUGGGGAGCAGAGGACGGAAUCGGAGCUGAGGUUGGCUCAGGAUCGGAUCCUGCCCCUCUAUGCCAACGACGGGAUGUGGCAACUGGCGUUGCCGGGUGGGGCUGACAGGGACCACGAGUUCUGUAACCCGAUGACGCCCGGGUCCUACCACGAUCGGGUCGGGUCUCUGCCUCCGUGUUUGGUGAGACAGUACGGCGGGGACCCGCUCGUGGACCGCCAGCGCUCGUUCGUUAGGAUGCUGGAGGGGCGUGGGGUCCACGUGGUGAGCAGGUUCGUUGAGGGAGAGUACCAUGGUGCUGAUUUCUUUGAUCCGAAGCAGAUCCAGGCUCUCUUAACGGACGUCAAGGAUUUCAUCUCGUCAGUCAACGGUGGGCCAUGAGUCUGGUUGAGUUCUGAUUGCCCACGCGGACCCCUCUACACGUGCGAACCUGGCUCGUGUGUGAGACAUCUGAGUCGUUCGUAACAUGUGCCCUGGUGGUGGAGAUGAUAAUUGGUCUGAAAAUCAGGACGGUCCGCUCAACAAGCGGGCCGGUGUGAGAACAAAUGUAAUGGAUUUUAAAUUAGAAUUAUCAUAUAAUUCAUGGGAAUUGAAAUUCUCAGUUAUGUCUUGUAGUUUGUAACUGAAGUACAUUGGUAUUC